AUGGCUGAAGCUAAAUUACAAUCAAAAUUAAAGGUUUUAACUUCGAAAAAGCAAACCCUUUUCAAAAGAGUACAGCUAUUAUUUGAUAAAAGUCAAAACAUUGCGGAUGAGACAAUUGUGAAUGAUUUUCUUAUCAGAUAUUCGACUUUGAACGAGACCUGUAAUGAGUUUAAGCUCCUAGUUGAUGAUAUAAAUUUAAUAAAUUUAGAGUUAGAUCCUGAAUUUGAGCCAAAUUGUCAAGAAUUGAAUGUAAUAGAUGAAUUGUUUUGUUACAUUAAAUCCGUAGCUGAUUCUCUUAAGGUGAAAAAAUCCGAGCAAGUAAAUGAAUCGGUGAAAUCGAUUGGGGAUAUAGUUUCUCCUAGGCUACCUAAAAUUACGAUUCCAUCGUUUGAUGGCAACCCGUUAAGAUGGCCUAUAUUUUAUGCUACUUUCAAAUCAUUGGUGCAUGAAAACAUAAAAUUGGAUAGUAUUUCCAAAUUACGUUAUUUAUUAGGAAGUUUAACUCACAAUGCACUCGCUUUAUGUAGUGGGGUACCUCCUACACCUGAAAAUUAUUCACUUAUGUGGGAUUCAUUAAUUGAUAAAUAUCAAGAUUCACGGCAUAUAGCCUUUAUGUAUUUGGAUCAAAUUUUGAAAUUCAAACCUUUUUUAGUGGAAAGUGGUCAAAAUUUAAACUUAUUUGUUGAAAAAUUUGAUAGUGCCGUUAACGCUUUAAAGGAAGUAAAGGUGGGAGAGUUAUCCGAUUUUAUUUUAAUGACAAUUGCCUUACAAAAAUUGGAUGUGCAUACACAGAAGUUAUUUGAACAGUCAUUGGCUAAAGGGGUCAUUCCCACCUACAAUGAACUUUCCGUUUUUAUCAAAACCCAAGCAAAAAUACUGAGUCGAACUAGUGGUUCAGCUAAUUCCAGUAAGCAAGCAAAUUCUAAGGCGGUGAUGCAUUCAUUUGCUAUUAGUGCCGAUUCAAAUUCAUCCGAUGUUAUGAGUAAUAAUACGUAUGAGAAAUUAAUUUGUCCAAAAUGUAAGGGAGAUCAUAAAUUAUUCAAGUGUCAUAAAUUUAUGUCUUUAACGCCUACGGAACGAGUCCAUGUGGUUAAAGCACAUAAUUUAUGUUUCAACUGUUUGCAUUCCAAUCACGGUGUAAAGAAUUGUAGUUCAAACUCGAGCUGUCGUAAAUGUUCAAAACGCCAUCAUACGCUUUUACAUUUUCAUCAUAAGUCAGAUGCCAAUGGUAAAGAUAAUUCAGAAGUUUUAAAGGGUAAUCCCUCCACAUCGAGUGUGUCAGUUGAAUCCAAGCCAUCUCCUCCGGUGAAUUUGUGUUCGACAUCAGAAUUAGUGCAAUCGAAAUAUACUGUAUUAUUGGCUACAGCUCAAGUACAUGUUGUAUCUCAUUUUGGAGAAAAUUUUUUAUUUAGAUUUUUGAUUGACAGUGCAAGUCAAUGCAGUUUCAUAACUCAGAGGUGUUGUCAAAGACUCAAGUUACCAGUGAAUCGAGCGUGUCUGACCGUGUCAGGAAUUGGUGUUUCCGAAAAACGCGUCAACGGACAAGCUCAAUUAAAAUUUUAUAGUAAAUAUGAUAUUCACAUUAAAUACACGAUGGAUGUUUUAAUAGUUGAUAAAAUUACGGAUCAGUUGCCAACCUGUGUGAUUGAUAGUGAAGUGUGUGAUACAUUUAAAAAUUUGCGUUUGGCAGAUGAUGAAUUUUAUCGACCGAGUGAGAUUGAUGGAAUGAUAGGCGCCGAGUUAGUGCCCUACAUUCUGAAGGGACUUCGAAUCACAGGUCCGGAUUCGCCAGUCGCCCUUGAUUCGACGUUAGGUUUCAUUAUUAUGGGUAAAGCGAAAGCUGAAGUCACUAAUAACAUUAUUCAAUCUUAUUGUUGUGUUAACUCUCCCCUUAAUAUGGAUCAACUCAUCCAACAAUUUUGGGAUAAAGAGGAAGUGCCAAACGGUACCGUGUUAAACGCAGACGAUUUAGAGUGCGAAAAAUUAUUUGCGGCGUCUGUUAAGCGAGACGUAAGUGGUCGAUAUGAGGUAGCUUUACCAUUUAGAAAGAUUUUUUCUGAUUUAGGAGACUCUUAUACUUCUGCUUUAAGACGAUUCCAAAACUUAGAAAAACGAUUCGCCUCUAUGCCUUUGUUUAAAAAACAAUAUAUGGAAGUUAUACGUGACUAUUUCGACGAAGGUCAUCUGAAGACCAUAAGUGGUCUACAUCCUAAAUCAUGUGGCUACUUUAUUCCUCAUCACGGGGUUUUUAAGGCUAGCUCCAGUUCUACACCAUUACGAGUGGUUUUCGAUGCGUCCGCGAAAACCGAUAAUGGAAUAUCUUUAAACGAUGCUUUAUAUACCGGUCCGAAAUUACAAACUGAUAUUUUUGACAUUCUACUUAAUUUUCGUUUAUUUCAAUUUGCUAUGACAUCAGAUGUGAAACAGAUGUAUAGACAAAUUGAAUUGUGUCCUCCUCAUCAAAAAUAUCAAUGUAUUUUGUGGAGGUUUUCUGGUGAAGAACCUAUUCAAAUUUGCCAAUUAACCACGGUUGCCUUUGGGGUUAAGAGUUCUCCCUACUUAGCUUUACGCACUUUACGCCAAUUAGCUGACGAUGAAGCGAAAAAAUUUCCUUUAGCGUCCGAGAUAAUAUUACGUGAUAUCUAUAUCGAUGACAUAAUUUGUUCUGUGGCCGAAAAGUCGAUCGCGCAUAACAUUUAUCGUGAAUUAGUCGGUUUAUUCCGAGCAGGAGGCAUGGAACUAGUAAAAUGGGCGACUAAUUUACGUGAGUUAUCUGAUGAAAUUCCUGAUCAUGCUCGUUCAAAUCAAAUUUUGGAAUUCCCUGCGGAGUUUUUGAAGGUGCUUGGCUUGCAGUGGCAAGCAAAUAGCGACGUUCUAAGCUUUUCUAUUAGUGUUGAAAAUUUAGAAUGUACAAAAAGAAAUAUUUUGAAAACUGUAAUGCGUAUCUGGGACCCUUUAGGUUUGCUUGUUCCGGUAUCUUUACAUAUGAAAUUACUAAUUCAAGAAUUGUGGCUACUCAAACUUGAGUGGGAUGAACCAAUUCCAAAUUAUUUACAAAAUAUUUGGAAAGUCUUUCAAAAUGAGUUAAACGACUUAAGUCAAAUAAAAAUUCCACGUCAUAUUGGAUUUAAAACGGGUUCUUCGCUAGAAUUGUUGGCAUUUUGCGAUGCAUCGUCCAAAGCAUAUGCCGCAGUUAUAUAUUCCAGGAUUAUAGAUCCGGACCGUCACAUACAACUCCAUAUAUUAUGUGCUAAAUCCAAAGUGGCUCCAGUUAAAACAAUUUUAACUAUCCCUCGUUUAGAGUUAUGUGCGAAAUUAUUAUUAGCAAAACUUUUGAAGUGUGUUAUUGCCCAAUAUUCGAAUCGAGUGAAUAUUACUAAUGUGUUUGCGUUUUCCGAUUCAAUGUAUCAUAUUUCUAGUAGCGAUAAUCCAGCGGAUUGUGCGUCUCGAGGAUUAUCACCGAAAGAAUUUCUUGAACAUCCGUUGUGGUUGAGUGGACCAUCAUGGUGUUCGCGUGAUAGGUCAGAGUGGCCUCUAAACCCCUUUACAAAAAAUAUUGCGCAAGAAGUUGUCUGUGAGGCUAAGACAAUUUCGUUACCCGUUUUCGAAGAGGAAGAGCAUCCUCUUUAUUCAUUAAUUAAUCGUUGCGGUUCUUGGUUAAAAUUAAUACGAUCAACCGUAUUUGUGUUGCGAUUCGCUAGAAUAUUGCCAAAACGGCAAAAUAUUAUAGCUACACAUUUAACCAAAGCCGAGAAUUACUUAAUUUCUAGUGUUCAACGUGUUCAUUUUCGAGAAGAGUUUCGUUUAUUGAAGAAUGACAAACUGUGUUCUCCGAAAAUACGCUUUCUGAAUCCUUUCAUACAGGAUAACAUUAUUCGGGUAGGAGGUCGUUUAGUCAAUGCGGUGAUUGCUUACGACCAAAAACAUCCCAUGCUACUCCCCAAAAGAGAUCAUUUUGUUGAUUUAUUAAUCGAUUAUAAUCAUCGAUUCAAUUUACAUGCCGGACCUCAUUUAUUAUUGUCCGUAUUGCGUCAAAAAUAUUGGAUUUUAGCCGCGAGAGGAACGGUCCGUUUUCGUGUACAAAAGUGUAAUACUUGUUUUAAAACUAAACCGCGUUCACACGCACCAAUUAUGGCUGAUUUACCCAGUGUCAGAGUAUCUCAAGCUAAGGCAUUUACUUAUACCGGUGUCGAUUAUGGUGGUCCAUUCUAUAUAACGUUAAGUAGGCAUCGUGGAGUACGAUCCCAAAAGGCUUACAUCUGUCUUUUUACAUGUUUGACAACCCGAGCGGUUCAUUUAGAAUUGGCAUCAGAUUUAAAUACGGAUGUUUUUUUAGCUGCGUUCAAGCGUUUUCUAUCUAGACGUGGGCCGUGUUCUACAAUUUAUUCUGACUCAGGUACAAAUUUUAUUGGUGCUAAACGAUAUUUAAAUGAGUUGUAUGAAUUUGUUCAAUCUAAUCUCUACCAAUCAGCUAUAAAUUCAGAAUUGUCUUGUCGACGUAUCAUUUGGCGAUUGAAUCCACCCACUGGGAGCCAUUUCGGAGGAGCUUGGGAGAGUAUGAUAAAAUCAGUUAGGACUCACUUAACUAGAGUUAUUGGGGAGCAAAUUUUAUCAUAUGAGGAAUUUUCAACCGUGCUUAUACAAAUUGAAGCCUUGUUAAAUUCACGCCCAUUAGUCUGGCAAUCUUCAGAUGCGGCCGAGGGUUUGCCGUUAACCCCGGCUCAUUUUUUAACGUUAACCCCUUUACAAAGUUUACCCGCAUAUAAUGUACUUGAUAAGCCACUAAAUAAGUUACAAAGAAAGGAAUUGCUUGAUAGUUUGGUCCAAUCGUAUUGGAAACGAUGGCACCAAGAAUAUUUAGGCGAGUUACAAACGCGACAAAAAUGGAAUACUCCAACCUGUCCUGUAACUCCGGGUACUUUAGUUUUAAUUAAAAACGAUAAUUUACCGCCACUUCAAUGGCUUACCGGUGUAAUAGAAGAGUGGCGGUGCUCAGUUGCGGUUCUUGGUUUCGCGAGAAUGUUGGCGGAUCGAUCAUACUACGUGCGACGGCCUUAA